GGUUAGUUAAUUUGACCGAUUUCUCACCCCGCCGUCAACACACCACCGAAGAUUUAAACUACCGGCCUGGACGCUCGAUGCCGCCGCCGAGUAAAAUCGCGUCUGGGGCCUCACGGAGAGGUCGCAGCAACAGCAGCGCUGCUGGCAAGAAGCGAUCAUCCAGCCAAAUUGGCGCUCCACUGCCCCCCACCAAGCGAUCCUGCUCCACAUCUCCAACGGAGGCCGGCAAUGACGCACUAUCGAAUCGGGUGCAUCGACGUGUCGUUCUCCGUGACUAUGGAAAGCCCAUCUACAAAGCAAGCUCUCGAUCGGCCCUCCUUGCAGCUUUCGAGGGCAGCAUUGAAGGACACGAAUCCUUGCGCAAGGCUGGCUUCCUGCAUAGGGACAUUUCGAUUAACAAUCUUAUGAUUAACGAGGACGAUGGCAAUCACUCCUGGCCUUCGUUUUUGAUCGACCUGGACCUUGCCAUUAAAGUGCAACGAGAAGCCGCCUUAGGAGCAAGGGGAAAGACCGGGACGAGGGCCUUUAUGGCCAUCGGUGCGCUUCUGGGCGAGCAGCAUUCUUUCAUGCACGAUUUCGAGUCGUUCUUUUGGGUGCUGUUUUGGAUAUGCAUUCACUACAAAGGGCCAGAUGAGGGCAGAGCCGUUCCGCGGUUUGAGGAGUGGAAUUACGUUGACACAGAGGAGCUAGCAGAGCUAAAGAAAGGGCAAGUAUCCCAUGAAGGCGACUUCAUCAGAACCGCAGAAGAGAAUUUCACACCAUACUACCAGCCAUUGAUACCUUGGGUUAACAGACUACGGAAAGCGGUAUUUCCGAAUGGUGGGAGAUGGGAAAAAGAUGAAACAGAAUUGGGCUCGACGGGAAUGCUGCCCGACAUCUAUUAUGGGGUAGUCCUCGGCGGUGAAAGGGUUCCUGACGGCGAGUGUCCUCAGAGGGGCCAGUGGUGCGAUCUGUCGUCUGGGUCCAAGUCGCACCUUUGCAGCAGCUGCUGCCGAGAUCGUGACGGUGCCAUCCGAUACUUCCACUUCGUCGACAGCGAUUCCGAGGCUGACGAUGAGUCCUCUAUCCCCUCGAAGUCGGAAUCGGGCUUCGAGUCCAUCAGCGAGCAAGUCAACGCUGUCACCGAGACAUAA